AUGGAAAAUUGGCUGGUGGAGCCUGGUACAGGUGGGUCUCAACAAGGCUGCUGGUCUGAGGAUCGUAGCGACACAGAGCUGGUGGAGCCUGGUACAGGUGGGUCUAAACAAGGCUGCUGGUCUGAGGAUCGUAGCGACACAGAGCUGGUGGAGCCUGGUACAGGUGGCUCUAAACAAGGCUGGUCUGAGGAUCGUAACGGCACGGUGUGGUACCAGGUGGAGCGACGGGAGGGACGCUGUGGAAACACUCUGGAGUUUAGCUGUGGGGGCACACAGUGUCCAGUGGGACAGGACUGUAUCAGUGUUGGUGGAACACUUCGCUGUGCAGACCCCUGCCAGAACUACACCGCACUGAAUGACGACUGGCGUUCCACCACCAACAACAACCAGGUUAAUGGGGGCUUACACUGCGACCAGAGCAUCAACUUUCAGGGCUGGUAUCGCCUGUUCCUGGGGCACACCAGCGUUCAGAUGCCAGAGAGGUGUGUGGAGAUUAACAUGUGUGGAACCCACGCCCCCCUGUGGCUCACAGAGCCCCAUCCCCAGCUGUCAGACAGGGUGGUUCAGAGGGGCGUCUGUGGGAGCUGGUCUGGUAACUGCUGCUCGUUUAAACAACCUCCCAUCCAUGUCAAAGCCUGCUAUGGAAACUACUAUGUCUACAAGUUGGUUCCUGCAAUAAACUGCCACUUGGCCUACUGUGCAGACGUCAACACCAAGGUGUGUUCUACCUGUAGAGAUGAUGACACCUGUAGGAGUGAGGAUAAGAUCACCUGGAGGUGUGAGAGGAAAGCCCCUACACCUACACCUACACCACCUCGGAUAACUGUUACCACCACCAAUCCUCCUAUCAUGGCCCCAGAGGUGGUGUGUGGGCAGAGCAUGAUACAGGUGGGUCUAAACUAG